UGAAACUAUGGGUACGGCAACUGACAAUACUGCUAUGAUCAUCCCUUCUACUCUACGCGUAAACUUGAGGAAUACGCUGUAUUUACAUUUAUUAUUAAAGCUUUUUUAUUGACAUCAACAAUGGAUGAAACUAAGGGUACACCUGAAAGCGAAUUUAGCAUAGAAUGUUUUCAAAAUUACUCGGCACCGGAAGUAUUUAUACAAGGGCUAGCUGGAAUUGUUGACCAGCAAGAUGUUGAAUCUAUGAUCAGAGCUCAAAAGGAAAUGUUGCAGAGAUUUGAAAAGACCAAUGAAAUGUUGACAAACUGCAAUGUCUUAAGUGCAAAUCGUUUAAAAACUGUAGGGCCGGAAUUCAAAAGACACAUCCAUUUACUUUUAGAUAUGAAAAAGGAUCUUGAUUAUAUUUCUAAAAAAAUUCGCGCAAUCCGCACAAAAAUAUCAGCUCAGUAUCCAGAAGCUUUUAUUAAAGCUCUGGAGAAUGAUAUUACAGAAUCAGAAAAGGAAGAAUGUGUAGAAGAAUCUAAAAAAAGCAAUGAUAAUAGAAGAAGUUUACAUAUUAAAGGUGAUAGUGCAGAAAACACUGAUCUGAGUAGGAGAGCUUCAAAAUAAAAUCAA